UCUCUUAUUUAACUAUCAGUAGCCACUUACUCUGGUAUAACACUGCCCUGGGAGAUAAACUGAAGUGCUCCAGACCUCUAUUAUUAUAUUUUCCUUGUACCUUAUAUCUAAAGAGAGAUACGCCGGCUCUGUGACUCCUAACUCAAGACUGGCUCUUCAUUUUCAUUAAUCCAGCUCCACUACUCCUCACUGAGUUGACAAAUUGAAAAAGGCUCAUUAAUAACAGCACUGUAACGAUAAAAUGGCUACCCCAUCUUUAGGAAGAAAGGAGAGAUUAGGCACAUCAGUUAGAAGUGCACUCAAUGAGCAGCUGAAUAAGAUACAAUGGAAGCACACGAUGGAACUAGAACUGAUUGAUGAUGUUAGGAGUUUCCUAAAACAGAGGUCUCAAAUUGAAAAGGACUAUUCUCAAGCUAUACAGAAGCUUGUGUCUCAGUUUUCUUCAAAGCGUGAUUUCAAAAACCCACCAACCGUACCUAACUUUGAUCGACUAGAAAACAGAGGUAUAUUAGAAAUGUGGAAGUCCUUGCUUGAUAAAACUGACGAAAUGGGAAAGAGAAAAGGUAACGUGGGCGACCUGCUUUGUGGGAGCCUCAGCGAAGAACUUAAGAAGCUCAAGAGGGUUAAAGAACAUAAUUUCAAGAGACAAGCAGAAAUAUUCCAAUUAAUGAUCAGCGAAGUUUUGGAGAGCGUUAAGGAGCUGACCAACGCCAAGAAGCUGUAUCAUGAGAAAUGGAAAAUGUGCGAAGAUUCGAGACAGAAAUAUCGUGAUGUGGAUGACAGGCUACGCAGCUGCAACUUAAAAAUGUUUGAAUCAAAGUCAACUCUUGAGAAAACGCACAAAAAAAACACUGAUAAGUUGAAGCAGGCACAGAAACAGUUAGUGGUACAACGGAAUGAGUAUUUAUUGACGGUAGCAGAAACUAACACUCACCUUGACAAGCACUUCGAAACCGACCUCACAGAAAUGCUUAAGAUUGUUGAUGGCGAGUUGUAUGAUAUAAUGAGAAACUCGUACACACUUUUCGCUCAAAUUGAAAUGGACAGCUGCAACGCCAUUAGGGCAGAGUUUGAAGACCUCAGGGAACAAGUAGCACUCUUAAAUAGAGAAUAUGUUCUAGAGUGUUUUAUGGUUGAAAACCCGAUACUACGAGACAAGAUUUCUUACACAUUUGAGGCAUCAAGUAACGAUAAAGUGACAAGCCUUAGUAAAGACCACGAGGCAGAGCUAUACCUUAACAAGGAAGCAAGAAAGUGCGCACAACAGUUGACGAAACUUCAUCAAAAGAUAGCGGAGAAGAGCAAAGCCAUAAAAGGACUGCAGACCGUCACGAAAGCAUAUCAUGUCAAUCCUGAGUUUGGUACGAGCGAUGCAGUUUCAGAGGCCGAGCAAAGUCUACACCAUAUUCAAGAAGAGAUUAGACAGAUUGAGGUGACUACUACUAAGGCUAAUGCACGUUUGGACCUUCUCAAAGAUUGUGGAGUUGAUGUAUCCAAGUGGUUACAACAAGCAGCUCAUACCGAGUAUGAACACACGCCCGGGGAACAGAGAAAGCUAGACAAGCAACAGCUGCAACCCGAUCUUGUUGACCUUACCACAACCUUGCGUAAACAGACUCUAAGCGCUAGUCAGUCGUCAUUGAGAGGUGGUGACAGUGAUACUGUCUCCAUGAAGUCUGAUGUGCUGAGUCUCAAUUCGUAUCAAAGCGAGCAGACGCCGACAAUGUGUAAAGUGUUGUACUCGUAUGAGUCACAAAGGUCGGACGAGUUAGACAUUCAAACUGAUGAAGAACUUGAUGUCAUUGAAUGGGACGAUGGCGACGGAUGGUGCAAGGGCCGAAACAAAAACUCUCAAGAAGGGUACUUCCCUCAGAGCUACGUACAAGCAAUCACUGCACCGACUACGCCUCCAAAAGUAGGCGGAGCUUCUAAUGAUGUGACAUUUAAACUCGUCGUCAGUGAAGAAGUAACGAUGCUAAGAGCACUGUUUGAAUACACGGCACAAGAAGACGAGGAGCUUUCCUUCCCAGAAGGUGCCAUUAUAAGGUUACUAAGGACAGACGAUAAUGGGAUUGAUGACGGCUGGUGGGAGGGGUCUUACGAAGGAAAGAAAGGAGUGUUCCCAUCCAUAGUUGUUGAGAUAAUUACCAACGACAAUAAUCCAGAACUGACCCCUGUUAACUCAGAAGUGUUUACGAUGCCUCCUCCAAUGUCCUCAUCUCCUACUUCUCCUCUCCCUCCUCCUCCAUCUUAUCCUGCCCCAGCCAUUUCAGCAAACGAUCUCUCAAUACUCCCUCUAAAGCAGCUUCAGUAUAAUCUAUCCUCUGGCUCCACAAACUCGUUUUUCGUCGGUUCAAAGUUAGGGGAUGGGACGGUUUCUACGGCUAGUUCUCCGGGAGGGAUAAGAAGAGGAAGUAAUGUCAUCAGUCAAAAGAGAGACGAGAGAGAGCUCGAGGUCCAGGAUAGUUUUGAAGAUACUUUACAAGAGACGAAAGAGCGUUGGAGCUCUUUUGACGACAUUCAAGACGAUGAUGAUUGUUAUGUGUAGCUCUCUCUGUUUAUUUGAUUCCAAUUGACCACUCCCACUCGUAGUUUAUUACUGUUAAUACAGAAACGUACAUCCGCUCUUUUUUGUGUAUCAUAAUAUAAUUAAUAAAUUGUUUUAUUAUUAUUAUUAUUACUAUUGUAUAUAUAUAUAUAUUAUAUAUAUAGAUCUAUAAUAAUUGUGUCCUUGUGUGUGAACUACAAAAAUUAAUCCUUUAUUAUUAUUAUUAAUUAAUUUUAUUUCUAAUUAUUGCUAACGGUUUUAAUACUUCCUAUAUAAGAAUUUUUGAAUAAGUAAAAAA